GAGAGACAAGAGAGAGAGAGAGAGAGAGAGAGAGAGAGGAUGAGCAUACCCUCUGUUUUCAUUUAUGUAUAUUCCUCUCACUAGAUCUUGUUUUCAUCAUUUUUUUUUCUUUCCAAUUCAUUUCUCUCCUUCCAGUGGGAUCGGUUUAUUGAAUCUUGAUUUUGAUGAAUGAAGGAUCCAAUGUGUUUGAAAUUAAAUCCAACUUGAUGUUUUGAUCAGAGUUUUCUGCCUUCUGAUUUUCCUGCCUGAUUUUCUGGAUAAGAAUUUGCAGGAGAGAGAUGGAGACAGAUCAAGGUAAGCUCUUCAUCGGAGGAAUUUCAUGGGAUACGAACGAAGAUCGCCUCCGAGAAUAUUUCGGUGCCUAUGGUGAGGUGGUGGAGGCUGUAAUCAUGCGUGACCGCACCACGGGGCGGGCACGCGGCUUCGGCUUCGUGGUCUUCGCGGACCCCUCAGCCGCUGAACGGGUCGUCAAGGAGAAGCACAUGAUCGACGGACGAACCGUGGAGGCGAAGAAAGCUGUACCGAGAGACGACCAACACUUGAUCAGUCGAAACAGUGGGUCCCACGGCGGCAGCAUCCAAGGCUCGCCAGGGCCCACACGAACUAAAAAGAUAUUCGUGGGUGGGUUAGCCUCCACCGUAAGCGAAUCCGAAUUCAAAACCUACUUUGACCAGUUCGGAAACAUAACCGAUGUUGUAGUAAUGUACGACCACAACACGCAGAGGCCAAGAGGGUUCGGUUUCAUUACGUAUGACUCCGAAGAAGCAGUGGAAAUGGUGCUCCACAAAACCUUCCACGAGCUCAACGGUAAAAUGGUCGAGGUUAAACGAGCCGUACCGAAAGAACUCUCUCCCGGGCCCACUAAUCGGGCCCCACCACUAGUGGGGUACAACUACUUCAGCAGAGGAAACAACAACAACAACUUCUUGAGUAGCUACCCUCAGGGUUACAACCUGAGCUCGAUCGGAGGGUAUGGUGUUAGAAUGGACGGGCGUUAUAGCCCGUUGGCGAGCGGGCGGGCGGGUUUUUCUCCUUUCGGGUCGCCCGCUUACGGAAUGGGCGUGAAUAUGAGUAUGGAUCAAGGGUUGAAUCCCGGGUUUGGGUCGGGUUCGAAUUUGGGAUACGGGCGGGUCAUGAGCCCUUAUUUCAGUGCUAAUCAGAGUAGGUACAAUGCUUCUUCGAUCGGGUACAAUACAAAUAUGAAUACAACUACACGGGGCGAUUCGUUUUUGAACUCGCCUUCUAGAAACGUGUGGGGGAGUAACGGCGGGGGCCUUAACCCCUCGGCCAAUAAUGCUGGUUCGGGUUCGUAUUUUGGUUCCGGAACUGGCAGUUUUGGGGUGUUUAGAAACAACGGGGUGAAUUGGGGGAGCUCUCCUAUUGCCGCCUCGAUUGGCGGGAGUUCUUCGGUGGGGUAUAAUGGUAAUAAUGGAGGGAAUGUUGGGUAUAGAGGUGGGGAGAAUAGCUAUGCGGUUGGGGUGGGAGGGUUUGGGAGGAAUGGUGGGGCGGGGGUGGUGGCCCCCUCAUCCUCGUUUGCCGCCUCUGGUGGUGGUGGUGCUGCUGGUGGUGGUGAGGGGUAUUACGGGGAUUUUUACCGUAGUGGUUCGGUUUACGGUGAUCCGACUUGGCAAACGAGUUCUUCAGAAUUGGAUAAUCCGGGCUCGUUUGGUUAUGCGCUUGGGAGUUCGGAAGAUGUCAAUGCGAAGGAUAAUGAGGAUUACGGGGUGGGGUAUGAUAUUCCGAAUAGACAAACUAAUAGAGGAAUUGCUACAUAGGAACGAACUCUGAAGAACGAUGUAGGAGACGAAACAUUAAAAAAAAAAUGGAUUGUGAAUUUCGUUCGGUUCCUUGAUAGAAUAUAUAUUACAUCGUCUCAGCUUAUAAUGAUGUCGUUAUUACAGAGCUAACAAGGGUGUUUUGAUGCAACGUAUACAUGCUUAGAGAGAGCAGUUUUCAAAGGAAUUUUGCCAAGGUUUUUUUAAGGUUUGUUUUUUUUUUUUCUGAGUAUAACUUUUUUUUAGGUUCGGGUUUUUUUUUUUUUUUUUUAAUCAGCUUUUUCGAUUGAGUGUAAAUCAGACUACGGGAUGUACUGUCGAAGAUCCUUAGUGCUUUAAUUUGUUGUGCGAAUUUUCAGAAAAAAAGAAAAAAGAAAAAAAAAAAAAGAGUUUACGGUACUCGUUACUCGUUCGACAUUGAUAAGGUAGAGUUAUUUUUGUAUUCUUUCUUUUUUUUCUCUUCUUCGUUUUCGGCUAUAAAAACUGCGAAUUCUCCUCGUUUUUUUUUUUUUCGUUUGUCUGGGAUUUGUGUAUCACUCUCAGAAUGUAUUGUGAGUUUUUUUUCUGUUUGAUUUAUUAGCUUGGAAUAUAAGAUUGAUUAUCUUCAAUAAAAAAAUAUUGAUUAGUUUUA